AUGUCCAAAAGCUCAGCUAAAUUUGUUGUCCUUGAUGCCUCUGGCUUGAAUUGGCAUACUUGGCAAACAACCGCCAAAUUUGAGCUCAAGUCCCACAAGGUGUGGAAGUUCUUUGACCCGGCUAACCCCUCUUCCUCUCCUCCACCCAAAUAUUCUGCCAACAAUCUUGAGAAGAUUGAAAAGGGGGCAGACCCCUCCAAGUACAUGAUUCUCUCGGCAUAUACAACCUGGGAGGAGGACUGCAACGUUGCAAUAGCUUGGCUUGCUUACUUAGUUGACCCUAUCCACGCCAACAUCCUUGACUGCAGUACCUUACCAAAAAAGUGUUGGGAUGCCCUUGUUGUGUGCUUUGCCAAUCAAUCCGCUCAGGGCGUUACACUCACUCAAACAAAACUUGCUACACUGAGGUUUUCCAACAACGGAUCAAUCCCUCUUAGCAAUUUUCUUGCAAAGUUCAGCGGACUUGUUCUUGACCUGAAGCGCGCCGGACAACCCCUGUCCAAUGCCAAAACUUGCGCUCGGCUAGCCUUAGCAAUGCCCCUAUCUCUGCAGGCACAGAUCUUGACCCUCCAGGAGGGUAUGAACGCCAAAAACCCUGAACACUGGUACCAGUUGCUAUCUACUACUUGGGAGCAACUACAAGCUGUGUGUACAAACAAAGAGACUUUCACCGCCAAACAAGCCACAACCAACCCCAACCCCUUGUCUUCCUGCAAUUGUUAUGUAUGCAAGAACCCAGGACACUACGCUUGGGACUGCCCAACACUAUUGCCAGAGGAGAGGACCCAACAACAGGAGCAGGCUUGCAAGCGCAAGGAGUCUUGGGCUGGAGGAAACAAGCCCAACAAAGGAACGUCUGACCUUGCAGCCCAACUUGCACAAAUCCAAGCAAGACUCGCUGCUCUAGAUACUUGUUCUACGUCUACAAACAACAAUUCCUUGGGGUACAACACACACGCAAAAGUGACAAUCCUUUGUGUGUCCACAUCAGUCCUAUCCAACAAUGUCUGCUUGGAUUGCGUCACACAAGACAUCUCUGGGGGACUGAUACUCAAGGCAGGCGGCGGGAAAGUGCCUUCAAAUUACGCAGCUAUCAACUCAGGCGCGUCUCGCCAUUGCGCAGCUGAACAGGCCUUUUUCAUUAAUUAUUGGACCUUAACCAAGCCUAAACAAGUAUACCUGGGUGACAAUAGGUUCAUUAUGGCUAUAGGAGAAGGGGACUUCCAAGUCUGGAUCAAUGGAUUGUCUGGAGAACGCAAAUGCAUCAUAUUUUGUCAUACUCUACACGUCCUGGACCUUGCAUGCACCCUCAUUUCCAUAAGACAACUCACCUGCAACUCCAAACCAGCUCUCCACGCCGUAUUCCGUGGGAACCAAUGCAAAGUUUGGAACAAAAAGGGGAUUGUUUUUAUUGCUAAGGCAAAUGAGUCCAUUGGAGGACUCUAUGCAAUCAGCUUAUGCACCGCCCUGCACCCAACGCUCCGCACUCCUGUUCUUGCGCUCACUGCUUUCCUAGCUGGAAAAUCAACCACGGCACUUGAUCCUCACGUUGCCCAUGCAUGGUUUGGCCACCUGAAUGGAAAUGACUUACAUGCUCUGGCCAAGAAGAAGUUGGUGAGCAACUUCUCCAUGUCCAACCGCCUCCACCAAUCCAAUCCUUGCGAGCCCUGCCUAUUGGCAAAAGGCCACAAGCUCCCCUUCUCCCCACAAACCGCCCGUUCCAACGUACCACUUGACCUAGUGCAUACUGACAUAUGCGGCCCUAUGGAUAUUGAAGCCAUAGGGGGGUACAGGUACUUCAUCUUGUUCUGCAAUGAUUGUACUGGUUAUUUUCACGCGUACUUGCUCAAGAAGAAGUUGGAAGCGUUGGAGCGGUACAAGGAGUUUAAGGCUUGGGCAGAGCGGUCCUCAGGUCAAGAUCAGGGGGAGCAAGGAGACAUAGAAGGCCUACAUGAUGAAGAGGAAAGGCUAGAGGAAGAACCAGGUGUCCAGCCGCCCCAACAAGAACCUUGUCAAGGUACUCAAGAACGUAGACCAAAUCCCAACUAUGCCCCACGCGUAGCCGCAUUUACCGCAAGGCCCAAGCCCGUAACAGUCCCACACUCAUAUAACAAGGCAAUUCAAGGUCCUGAUAAACACUUGUGGAUGGCCGCUAUUGCAAAGGAGUUCAACACCCUUCUGAGCAAGGGCACAUUUACCUACAGCCCAGACCUCCCACCCGGCAGCAAAGCUCUGAAAGGCAUGCUUGUCUUUGCAAUAAAAGUUGACGGCACGUACAAAGCUUGCCUAGUAAUCAAAGGAUGUGCUCAACGUCUUGGUCGGGACUACAACAAAACGUUUUCCCCAGUAGCCUGCUCCGCCUCCCUACAAUUAGUAGUGGCUAUAUCUGUCCGCGACGGCCUCACAUUAUUUGCAGCUGAUUUCACAGCGGCUUUCCUCAACGGACUUCUUGAGGAAGAAAUAUACAUGGAGCAACCGGACGGAUGGAUUGCUCCCCCAGAGCACCAGGGCUUGUACCUCAAACUAGUGAAGUCACUCUAUGGACUUAAGCAAGCAGGUCAAGUCUGGUACAAGUGUUUAUCUUUGGCACUUAUAGAGCUAGGGUUUGUCUGUUUCAACUCCAAUAACUGCGUCUUUAUGCAACAACGCAACAAUACUGGUCUGAUUAUUCUAGCUGUGCAUGUUGACAACCUCACCGGUGCCACUUCCAACAACGCAGUUUGGGACUUGUUCUGCGCUGAACUUAACGCAAAAUAUGAACUAAAGAACUUAGGCCGCGCAAAAGAGAUUUUAGGGCUAGAAAUUACACAAGACCCUAAAGCAGGAACGGCUUUAAUCACACAGAACCGCUACAUCAAAGACCUGGCUCGACAGUAUGGUGUCUACAACCUUCCCCCACUAUUGCUCCCACUUCCUCCUUGCAAAAAGUUUUCAAAGUCUCAAUGCCUGUCAACAGAAGAGGAGAAAACACGCAUGAAGAAGUUCCCUUACCUGGCUCUGGUUGGUGCUCUUCUAUUUAUAUGCUGUCAAACACGACCCAAUGUUGCAUAUGCUGUCUGCACACUAUUGCGCUUCAGUGCUAAUCCAGGACCAGCCCACUGGGAAGCCUUGCUUGGUAUUCUUUGGUAUCUACGACACACUUCAACCCUUGGGGUAUCAUACUCACGCACUGGAUCCAAAGAACUCUCUAUAUACUUGGACGCGGACUGGGGAAUGUGUCCAGAUACUUACAAAUCGACCACUGGGUGGGCGGUAACUCUAUGCGGGGGACUUAUCAGUUGGAGCAGCAAACUCCAGAGUGUUGUUGCCCAAUCAACUAUGGAAGCUGAGUUUGUUGCAAUGUCUAUGGCAUGCAGGGAGGGAUACUGGGUUCAAAGUUGGCUGGGGGAGUUGGACGGAUUAUCAGGGGAAGAACAACCACCCCCGACUCCGCUUUUCUGUGACAAUCAGGCCGCGAUAGCUAUCACUUUGAACCCAGAGUCUCAUCAGAUGGCCAAACACAUUGCGAUUCGAUACCACUACGUACGGGACCAGGUGGCUCAAGGGGAAUACAAAAUAUACCAUAUUCCCUCGCGAGACCAACUAGCCGACUUCCUUACCAAACCGACUUCGAAGGAUGUUUUCCAUCACUGUCGUACUCGCGCGGGUAUAUGCUAA